AUGGCCGCGUCCACCCUGUCCGUCUGCUCCAACGAUCUGAGCUACGGCAGCCGCGUCUGCCUGCCCGGCUCCUGGGACUCCUGCCCCGACUCCUCCUGGCAGGUGGACGACUGCCCAGAGAGCUGCUGCGAGGCCCCCUGCUGCACCCCCAGCUGUUGCCAGUCCAGCGGCUGCACCCCGGCCUCCUGCCUGACCCUCAUCUGCACCCCCGUGAGCUGCGGGUCCAGCCCCUGCCAAUCAGCCUGCACCAGCUCCUGCCGGCCCUCCUGCUGCAGCUCCUCCCCCUGCCAGGAGGCCUGCGGCGCGUCCGUCUGCUGCAAGCCCGUCUGCUGCACCCCUGUCUGCUGCAAGCCCGUCUCCUGCACCCCUGUCUGCUGCCAGGCCUCCCCCUGCUCGGCCUCCUCAUGCUGCCAACAGUCUAGCUGCCAGCCCUCCUGCUGCAGCUCCUCCCCCUGCCAGGAAGCCUGUGGUCCUUCCGUCUGCUGCACCCCUGCCUGCUGCAAGCCCCUCUGCUUCACCCCUGUCUGCUGCACCCUUGUCUGCUGCAAGCCCGUCGGCUGCACCCCUGCCUGCUACAAGCCUCUCUGCUGCACCCCUGUCUGCUGCAAGCCCGUCUGCUGCACCCCUGUCUGCUGCGAGGCCUCCCCCUGCUCAGCCCCCUCCUGUAGCCGGCCCAGCCCCUGCUCCUCGUCCUGCUGCAGACCCUCCUCCUGCGUGUCCCUGCUCUGCCGGCCCGUGGGCCCCCGCCAGGCCUGCUGCGUGCCCGCCUCGGCCCAGAAGUCCUGCUGCUGA